AGCAGCAGCUCAGUCAGUCCGUCGCUGCGGUCCGUCAGAGCGGAGCGGCUGCUCGUCAACAUCCUCCUCAACGUCGGCGUAGCUCGGCUGGCCGGAACGCUGCUCUGUGGUUCCGAGCCGGGCUGCCCACUCCCACCCACCCCCCAGUAACCCGCAGCCGGUCACGACAGCGGCGUUGGAGCCUUCGUGGACAUGAGGACAGCGUUUAAAAGGUGGACCGGGAAUCCCGCACGGCUUCGUUUUUCGCAGAGCGGACGAGAAAGAUUCACUAUGACCCGUUCCUUCCUGACCAGUCGCUUCUUCGCCGAGGCGCCUUGUUCCCUCUUUGCCUCCCGACACCCUAACGCAGGGAUGAGAUAAUAACGCCCAGCAGCUGACGCAUGCCGCUACAGCACCACCUCUGUGGCACCUGGAAACCGACACCCACCCCCCGCCCCCGUCCCCGAGUUGACUCUUUAACCCGACCCAGAAACUAUGACGACACCGGCUCUGCUGCCGCUGUCGGGCCGCAGAAUACCCACUCUGUCGCCGGGCGCCUCCUCCUUCACGCACCACAGAGCCACGUUGAGGCUGUCGGAGAAGUUCAUCCUCCUCCUCAUUCUCAGUGCCUUCAUCACCCUAUGCUUCGGGGCCUUCUUUUUCCUCCCAGACAACUCCAAGCACAAGCGCUUCGACCUGGGCUUGGAGGACGUGCUCAUCCCGCACAUUGACUCGCCCAAAGAGGGGAAGCACGGCUCAGGGCAGGUGAUAAUUCACGGACAGGGAGGACAUGACGAGAACAGGCACAGAGAGGAGGAGGAGAGCCUACGCAACAAGAUUCGCGCCGACCACGAACGAGCGCUGCAGGAGGCGAAGGAGAAACUGCGCAAGUCUCGCCAGGAGCUGAAGGCUGAGAUCCAGACGGAAAAGGCCAAAGUCAUCGAGGACCUGAAGAAGAAGGAGACGGGGCCCAAACCCUUACCGCCCGUUCCCAUGCCCAAGGUCGUCGGGGUCAGCGACGGGGAGCCUUCUGAGGCGGACGCCAAGGAAAAGCGGGAUAAGAUCAGAGAGAUGACGAAGCACGCUUGGGACAGCUACAGACAAUACGGGUGGGGUCACAACGAGCUGAAGCCCCUCGCUAAGAAAGGACAUUCCACGAAUAUCUUCGGUAAUUCCCAACUCGGGGCGACCAUCGUGGACGCCUUGGACACUCUGUACAUCAUGGGUCUACACGAAGAGUUCAAGGAUGGCCAGGAGUGGAUCGAGCAGAAUCUGGACUUCAGUGUGAAUGCCGAGGUGUCCGUAUUCGAGGUCAACAUUCGGUUCAUCGGGGGGCUCUUGGCAGCGUACUACCUCUCUGGACAGGAAGUGUUCAAAGUCAAGGCAGUCCAGCUGGCAGAGAAGCUCAUCCCUGCCUUCAACACCCCAACUGGGAUUCCCUGGGCCAUGGUAAACCUGAAGAGCGGCGUUGGUCGUAACUGGGGUUGGGCGUCGGCCGGCAGCAGCAUCCUGGCUGAGUUUGGGACCCUCCACAUGGAGUUUGUUCACCUCACCUACCUGACUGGGAACCCGGUUUUCUACCAGAAGGUGAUGCACAUCCGCAAGCUGCUAGCUAAGAUGGACCGACCCAACGGCCUCUACCCAAACUACUUAAACCCUCGUACAGGCCGCUGGGGCCAACAUCACACCUCGCUCGGAGGACUGGGCGACAGCUUCUACGAGUACCUGCUGAAGGCGUGGCUCAUGUCCGACAAAACCGACACGGAAGCCCGCAAGACCUACGACGACGCCAUCGAGGCCAUCGAGCGCCACCUCAUCCGCAAAUCCAACGGCGGGCUCACGUUCAUCGGCGAGUGGAAGAACGGCCACCUGGAGAGGAAGAUGGGCCACCUGGCCUGCUUCGCCGGCGGCAUGUUCGCGCUGGGCGCCGAUGGCUCGCCGGACGACAAGGCUGGUCACUACCUGCAGCUCGGUGCAGAGAUCGCCCAUACCUGCCACGAGUCUUACGACAGGACAGUCCUGAAGCUGGGCCCAGAGGCCUUUAAGUUCGACAGCGGCCUGGAGGCGGUGGCCGUGCGGCAGAAUGAGAAGUACUACAUCCUGCGGCCGGAGGUCAUCGAGACCUACUGGUACAUGUGGAGGUUCACCCACGACCCCAAAUACAGGCAAUGGGGCUGGGAGGCGGCUCAGGCCAUUGACAAGUACUGCCGCGUGAGUGGAGGCUUCUCCGGAGUGAAAGACGUCUACUCGUCCAACCCGACCUAUGACGAUGUGCAGCAGAGCUUCUUCCUCGCUGAGACGCUCAAGUACCUGUACCUGUUGUUCUCCAGCGAUGACCUGAUGCCGUUGGAGAGCUGGGUCUUUAACACCGAGGCCCACCCGCUGCCCGUCCUCCACCUGGGCAACAUCACCCUGCCUGGCAGCGAGCCCGCUCAGCGGUAGACGCACACACUCGCCUCCUCUUCCUCCUCCUCCUCCACAGCACUGGGGGGCGCCACCUUUCUGCUCGACCCAGCCCACCAACCCCAUCCAACACUGGACAAACUUCCAUGGGAACUCUUCAUCUGCGUCCAGACUGCAGACAUGAGCCAGAGGAGACGGAGAGACCGCAGCCCAGAGGAUCGGACUGACUCUCUGGAUCCCCCUCUCUUCUUCUCCUCCUCCUUCUAUUUCUGUGUCCUCCUCUCCGACUCUCACUAUAGAUCCAUGUGUUCGUUGCUUCAACCAGACGGACGGUGGGUGUGCUGCUCAGCCUUUUCUCGGCUCUGAAUCAGAGAGCUCCACACGAGAGGCUUUGUUUUGUUUUGUUUUUUUCAUUUGAUUUGACCAAACGUCCUCCAUACUGACUCGAGCCGAGGCCCUAAGAGUGCAAGCUGAAGGAUUACGCAAACGGACACUUGAAGGGUUUGUUUCCCCUCCAUGCUGACGGACUAGUGGACAUUUUACAGGGUCUGUUAAUGAGAUGUUGGGUUUUGUUUUUUUUUUGUUGUUUUUUUGCAUUAAUGGAGACACAGGGUCGGAUACAAGCCCUCCACUUCUUCCCCCCCAACCCCCCGAUCCGAACCCGUUUCCUGUUUGAUCAAGACCUCAAACUGUAAUCUAAUCACCUCUUUACAAGCAGGUGGGGACAGCAGUAAUCACCUAAUAUGAAGCUAUUUUCUGUCGGCAAUUUUUUGGCGUUAUGGACCAUUUUGAGAAAAAGUAACUAAAGAAGAACAGCAGCAGGCCUCCAUGUACCAGUCUUACCAGUUUCUGUCCCAUCCUAAAACCAUUCUGCUGCUGCUUCACCGGAUGCUGCUCUUCUGUCCAUUUUCUACAGAUUCCCCCAUUAUCGUACCGUCACUCUUUUCACCCCCCCCCUUCCUUCCUCUCAGAUUUUCUCGUUUCCUCCGUUUUCAGUGACACCUCGCUUCUUGGUAUACGUGUUUGUGUCGGUGGCUCCGCUUUAAAUCAUUUGUUUGUGCACUUUGUUACAGGAAAACUCUGAGGACAAAAGAGUAGAGUGGUGUAGCACUGAAAGAGGUGAAUAAAUGAUUUCAAUACUCCUCGGUGCAGAGCUUUCAUCUUCCAUUUUCUGUGUCCCUCCACUAUCUAUUAGUCUUGCUCUUGCUGUUUCCAUCUUUAUGUGAAAACAAUCUUAAGUUUUUUUUAUUUGAUUUGAACACCAAACUCUUCAAAUCCUCAUGACGUCAAAUUAUUCAACUUUCUGGAGCUUUUAGCAAAUGCUAAGCUGCAUAAAAUGUUUUGACAUAGUACAAAAUGUAGUUAUGUCUCCAGAAAAGUUCAAACAUGUUUUAUUUAAGGGUUUCAGCAUGCCAUUUAAAGUGCUAAAAGUCCUGUACCAUUUUUACAAUUUCUCUUUUGCUUUUAGCUCAUGAUGUUCAUAUUCAUUUCCAUGUUCAAAAUUGAGAAAUAUUUUGAAAAGUUGUUGCGUACAAAACAACAAACUCUCAAUAGUCACCCAAAGCAGCGAUUGCUACAGCUACAGCUGAAAUGUGAGCUCAUAAGGUGGAGAUUUCAGUGCUGAUUUAUUUACUAAGGAAGGGAAAUUAAGCAGGAAUGUUCUUUGAGAGGAGUAGAUUGGAGAUCCAGUAGACUGGCACCCGACUCAGGGAUUUCAAAGCACUUCGUGGUGAGCCCGGCCUGACAGAGUGACGAAAACCGUAAUACAAAAAUACAGAAUUUCUGGCAGCAUUCAAGAAAAGUUGGGCCCUGCCCACCCAGAGAUGAUUUUAGUUGUAUCUGCAAUGAUUUUUUUAGGAUGCUUCGACUGUCCGUUUCUGGUCUCCCAAAACGCCGGAUCCGUGUGGACAAUCAUUUUUGAAACCAGGGUCCAUGUCAGUGUUUCCGUCUGACCGUGCCACCUCCAUUUGUUUUGAAGCCAUGACGACGCAGAUCCAUCUCUCUCUCCGUCCAGCAUGCGCCUCACUGCCGUAAAUAACAAAUACGGCGACAUUCUUUGUUGUUUUUGUCGUUCUGCGGUGGUCUUGCAGCGCCAUCAUCGGGCUCGUCAUACAGACUGCAGCAUUUUCAGUGGUGCUGCUGAUGCACAUCGUUUUUCUUAGCUGUUUACAAAAAUUGAACAUGUUCGUUUCUGUUUUGGACGGAGCCAAAAUUUCGACCGUAGUCCUGACAAGCUUUGUUACCAUGGUAAACACAGGGGUGUAGGAGGACUUUCAUCCAGACCACCAGUGUUUUACCUGUAAGGAUUAAACUGAACCGCAGUGUAGCUGUCAGCAUUUUUCAUUGGUUCCCGUCUGUCUUGUAAACUUUGUCUACAAUUAAUUUUGUAAUUUUUCUUUCAACAUGUCACCUAAUUAUGAAAAUCAGAAUCGAUUCAGAUUUAUGAUCCAUUCUUUGGCUCAGACGCUACAGGGAGAUUUAAGAAUAUCAGAUGAAUAGAUUUAUUGAUAUAGCUUAGUGCUAUACAGUAUAUCAGAUGUCUACAGCAAAAGUGGUAGACAUCAGUAAACGACAAAAUUUCUCGCUUGAGAACUUUAUGCUCACAAACAACACUUGGCUUUCUACACUUGUUUUUUUUUCUUUUUUACUCCUCCUUCGGUCGGUAUUGUCUCUCCGUCCUCUCGGCUCUGGGCUGAAGCCAAGACACGAAGUGUGUCAAAGUGGUUUGAUAAAGAGAUAUCUUUCAGGAAAGCAAGAGCGCUCACUCCCAUCUUUUUUUCUGCACUGCCACAUAUUCGUGUUCAGAAAAGCCUUUGUCAGUUUUUGUUUACAGCAGGCAGUCAAGCUCUUUGGUUCAUUGACACAUCAUCCAGAUAUGGUCGCUCCUCCCCAUUUGAAGUGCUUUAGUGCGUAUUAAAAUGACUCCUCUGCCCUAAAAAUUUAUUUUAUAAAGCAUCGAUUAUGAUUUAAGGUUUACACUUUGAGACCUUUUUGGUUUUUUAGCUGUGAUGUUUGCCGCUUUUCUAUCUGUACCUCACACUGAGAGCUCAGUUCCUCCUCAUGUCGUCCUUCCAGAGUGUUUUACCGCUGAUUCAACACUCAACUCUGAGUCUCAUAAAUCCCGUCCCGAGCGUUUAAACAUUGGACGUGGCCGGCGCUUGAACCCGCCUCGUUAAACCGUCAAGAGGCGAGGAAACGUGCACGCCUCGCGUGGAAUAAAAAGAAACCCGGACUCCGGUCAGUCGGUGUAAAACGACGCGAGAAUAAAACCGAGCGAUAAACCGGCAAAAAUGAACCGUGGUGAACCGACCACAGGGGGAAGCGGGCGGACGCCAGGCAGGAAUCUAUAAAUCAAAUGGAAACGGGGGACUCUCCUGUCAACGUGUGUUGCAUAAUCGCAUUAUUUCGCUUCUGUUCGUUAUUAUUAAUGUUUCCAUUUGACGAGAGCUCCAAAAAAAAAAACUUUUUCCCAUUUCAAAAGCUUUCGACACAGAAGACGCAUGUAGCUGAACAAUGCUAAAUAAUGUUUACUUCAGUACGGCAUGGUGCUGGUGGCACCGACAUGAAACCUCAGUAGGUUCUCGCGUGGUUUCCGUUUCGUUCAGGACCGCUCACGCCGCAUCGCCCCGCACCAAUCUGACUACGUCGCCAACACCUGGUUCAGUCUGAUCUUGACCUUUGAACCGCUUUCAAGUGUAAAUGUGGAACCAGGCCAGCGCAGAUUUAUCCAGUCAAAUAUAUCUGUUCACAGCAUGACACAUCCUGAUCAGAAGCAGCAAUAUUAAGGUUCCUUCCUGUUUCAGCCACAAUGCUCACAAUGUCAGUCAUUGCCUUCCAAAAGCGUCUAAUCUUUUUACAUUUUCUCUUUUAUGUGAACUUUGAUGCUUUUUUUGUUUGUUUUUGUUGAGUGUAAUUGUGAGGUGGAAGGAAAAUGCUACUUUGUUUGGCGUUCUCAGGCGUGUUGCUCUCAGCUUUAGCCAGUUGCUCUUAAACUCAGUCAGAUUCUGUUAUGAUGUCCAUAAAUGUGACUGAAAAGCUUUUAUAAAAUACAUAAAUUGUCAAAACAAUGGGACUUCUAACAGAUUCUUCACUUUAUUUAAAACAAUCCAUACAUAUUGAUUCCUUGUUUCAUAUCAAAUUAAUAUCUGAAUUUUAUAUAAGGUAAGUCUUAUAGGACUUACAAUAAUCUAUUUUGUCAAAUGUUGUCAAACUAAUGUCAAUAUGAAGAAAGAGGCGAGUUUAUCCUGCUCCCUUUUCAGUGUUUUAGGUUUUCAAUUAAGAUUCUUGAUUACAUGCACUGCAAAAAUACAAAAUCUUACCAAAUAUUUUUACUCCAGUUUCCAGUGCAAAUAUCUUAUAUCUUAGUACAACUGAACUAAAACAAAACUCCCAAUCGGCUUUUCGUUUACAUCAGUUUUUUUUGUUUUGUUUUUUUGUAUAAAAUAUCAGUGUUGGGUAAUUACUGACUUAAAAUGCCGGGUUGGACUAAAUCCUGGAGCGGAGUCCUUUAGCGGAGUGCUUCUAUCUUGAGAUUUUAGCUUCAUAAUGAUGGAAUCCGAUGUAUUUCUCGGCCUGAUACCUGAUCGGACCAAUUUCUGAUGUCCGUAUCGGAUGAGGAUAAUCCUAAUACUCCACAUAAAUAUCACAUGGACUGAUACAUUGAUAUUUAGCGGUGCUGAGAACAUAUACACUUUUUUUUGGUACAUUUUAUUUUUUGGGGGGGAAACAUGUUUAGAACCAAGCAUAACAUAACCUUCCCUUUACACUUACCAGAAAAUACGCCAGUAAAACACUUUUUGAAGUUUGUGGCAACAUGUGAAAAAGUUCAGAGGGUGUGGAUACGUUUUUUUUUUUAAGGCACUGUAAGUAUUUUCAUUAAGCCGGAGCCGCUCUGCUCUCUCUCUCUCUCUCUGUGUCGUCUUUCCUUCUGAUCAGUUCAGGCCCAGAUUUCAACUCUUAACUCUUCUUUGUGGAAAACCAGGAGCAGAACCUGUUUAGAAUAUUUUCUUUUAUUUUUGCUUUUUCACCAAAACGGGCGGCAGCGCAGCCACACGUGGUUACAUUAUGUACACAAGUCAGCAGCUGCGCCGUAAAAGCUGAGGAUUUCCUCCGAAGUUUGAAUUGAGGCGUUGAAGCCACCAUAUUCGGAGGUGGCUCCUACUCUUUGUCAUCAUUAAACACGUCAAUGGAGUUGAAUUCAUUUCAUUUUGCCCAUCAAGUCAUUUCGCUGACGCAGUGCAGACUUUGCCCUCGCCUCCCCCCGAACGCCACAUCAUCACCACCGAGUCCAUGCUGAGGAGGAAACCAUCAAGUCGCUGCAGCAGCGACGUUGAUUUUGACAAAACUGAGUGUUCUGUAUUUGUAUUUUUACUGAACUACAAAGUAAGAUUAAAGUAUCUGUAAAUAUGUUUAAAACUGGGACACAUCCAAUAAAGAUGUUAUGAAAAAUGA